UUGUACCCUUUAGAGCUUCGACCACUUGUUUACGUUUUUAUAUGCAUCAAUGUUAUUUUGUUAAAAGAAUUUACACCAUCAUGGAUGCAGAGACAGAUGAAUAUAAUGUGGCCGAUGAACGGCCUUCAAGCUCCAGUGCAGAACUAGAUUAUGAGUCCGACGAAAGCGGAGAAACAGGCGAUGGUUCUGACAGAGAUGAAGUCUUGUCCCAGCUGUCUGUCAGCUCAGUCAAACCCGUGAAAGGCGAAUCAUUUUGUGAUUGUUACAAGACUGGGAGAGAAAAAGAGUGUGUCUGUGGAGAGGAUGAUUCAUACUUUGAAUGGACAUGGGACAGUAUGUCAAAGUCUGCUGCUAGUUUUCUGAAGCACGAUCAACGGGAAGUGGUGUUCCAUGUGGACUACAGCUGUGGAACAGCCGCUGUACGGGGAAACCAACCAAUGGUGGACGACCAGUAUUACUGGGAGGUGAAAAUGACCACACCUGUAUAUGGCACGGAUAUGAUGGUUGGAGUGGGAACAGUUGAUUUAGAUCUGAACAAGUACCGCCACAAGUUCUGCAGCCUUGUAGGUAGGGAUGGAGAUAGUUGGGGACUAUCCUACACAGGCAUGUUGCACAACAAGGGUCAGAAGCUGCCAUACGCCAGCAAGUUUGGCCAGGGUACCAUUAUUGGAGUGCAUCUUGAUAUGUGGCAUGGGACUUUGUCAUUCUAUAAAAACAGAAAACCAUUGGGAAUUGCAUAUAGGGGUUUGCAAGGAAAGAAACUGUACCCAGUGGUCUCGUCUACUGCAGCUCGCAGUGGUAUGAAAGUGAUCAAGUGUAGAUCCUUUAAGACAUCGCUUCAGUUUAUGUGCUGCCAAGUUCUGAGAACAGUUAUUCCAAGACAUCUGGAUGUUCUUCAGGUUAUAGCAAUGCCCCCUGGACUCCGAGAAUUCCUAGAAAAUAAUAUAAGCUGGUUGUUGCAGCCAAACCCUGUAGAAAGACUUGCACCUUCAUAUUCUGAUGUGUUUCGUAGUCGAGGAACCAAAAGAAAAUAUUCUAGUUCAGAAGAAGACUGUGAUGAUGGGCCAUCAAGCAGUAAAUCUUCACGAUAAACACAUACUUAAGAGAUGCUAGUUUUGUGAAUGUAUAUACUAAAUGUAUAUGGGAAAUAAUGCUUUGCGGCAAAUACUUUAUCUAUACUGCAUUUUAUUCACCAAAACUGAUAAUGCAUAUAAGGCCAUGUGACUGUUUUAGAUUUUAAGUGCAUUCUUAAGAGUUGUUUGUAAGUGUCACUUAUGUGAAGGGUGAAGCAUAUUUUAUUACUAGUUUGAGAUUAUUUUAUUUGUUUGUUAAGAAGCAUAUGAAGGUCUCAUUAAAAUUUUAUUGCAAAGUUUCUAUGUACAUGUAUUGCAAAAUACAUGACUGGUAUAUUUUGGAAUACUUAAAAACUUUGCAAUUAUAUUGUUAGAAAAAUAUUAAAUCCUCUGGCAAAUGUA